AAGACAUGUCUAGACAGACGGUCUAGGCUACCAAGCCAUAAAAUUAAAAAAAGUAACAACAACAACAUAACAGACAUAACCUAAAAUAAUUUUUUUUUCACUAGAUAUUUUGUUUAAGUUGUAAUGUAAAAAAUUCAGUGGAUACUAAUUAAGAUUUAACUAAUUUAUAUAGAAAAAUGACUAGAUCACAAAAUAAAUUAAAAACAAAGGAACAGUUAAACACACCUAUAGCUAAACGCGUGGAAAAUACGUGGAUUUUACUUGCAAAAGAGUCCUUAUUGCAAAACAAGAAUUUUCGAUUUAUCAAUCUAUCACAUCCAGCGACUGGCAAAAUAACAAAAUAUUGUUUGGAAGAUGUCAGCAACAAAAUAUUUGAAGUCGUAACAUAUAACGAACCACAUCGAUCGUGGUUUAUAGGAGAAACAGUAAAAUCUGAUCCUAGUAUGCAAAUUUUGACUCCGAUAAAUCCAUUAUUUUUAAUACUUCCAAAAGUGAAGAGUCAAUGCACUAGUAAAGCAGUACCUUUGGAGGAUUUACUAUCUGACAAGGGAUAUGAUCAAAUUGUGAAUACUGUGAAAGAUCUGGAAAAAAUAGCUGACCGUAAGGGUCCAGUAGAGUUGAAAGCAUACAAAUAUAAUGAAGAAAAAACCUACAAAUGGCUAGAGGACAGGAUCCGGAAUCUUGCUAAAGUACUGAAAGAAAAAAAUCUGCAUGUAACAGCUGGAGCCGUAUCAGCGACAUUUGUUUCUAGCAAUUUAAACAAUGUUGAAAUUGAAGAAGAGUUCUACUUAAAAUACGCACAUGGACUGCUAUCAGAAUAUCUUCAAGAAGAAUUUGUACAAAAUUUGGAGAAAAGGUUAAAUUUUAGGCCAGAAUUAAUAGAGACCAUAGGAAUGAAACGUAAAUCUGAAAUAAAUGAUUUACAUGAAAACACGAAAAAAAUAAAAUUAGAAAACUCUUCUCUAGAAGAAGUGGUUAGUGAAAGUAUGUCCACUCAAAGUUUUACAGAAAACAAAAAGAACAAGACAUUGUCUGCAAAAGAAAAAGCAAGACAGAAGGCAGCUAGUGGAAUGAAAACAAUUUCAUCCUUUUUUACAAAAAAAUAAACAAUCCCACCUAAAAA